GUUUUCCUCCGGGCCUGCGUCCUCCACCCACAUCCCCGCACCGGGCCUCACGUUUGGCCCAGCCUUCUGGGCUUUCCUUUCCCUGGGUCCAACCGCCGCCGCAGCAGGCCCUCCCAGGGCUUGAUCCCGCGCUUCCUUCCCGCCCGGGGCUACCUAGCCACGACCCUGUCUAGCCCCUCCCCCCGGCCUUAAGGGCACGCAGCCGCCGCUUCCGCCCGGAAGCUGUUGCGCACUACUCUGCGCGGAACGGAGGUGGUCCCUGUUUGCCGGCCUCCAGGGAUGGCCCCCAAACUCUCAGACUCUGUGGAAGAGCUCCGCGCUGCCGGCAACCAGAGCUUCCGCAACGGCCAGUACGCGGAGGCUUCGGCGCUGUACGAGCGCGCGCUGCGACUGCUGCAGGCGCGAGGUUCUGCAGACCCUGAAGAAGAAAGUGUUCUGUACUCCAACCGGGCAGCGUGCUACUUGAAGGACGGGAACUGCACAGACUGCAUCAAAGAUUGUACUUCAGCACUGGCCUUGGUUCCCUUCAGCAUCAAGCCCUUGCUGCGAAGAGCAUCCGCAUAUGAAGCCCUGGAGAAGUACCCCCUGGCCUACGUCGACUAUAAGACUGUGCUGCAGAUUGAUAACAGUGUGGCAUCAGCCCUGGAAGGCAUCAACAGAAUAACCAGAGCUCUCAUGGACUCGCUUGGGCCUGAGUGGCGCCUGAAGUUGCCCCCUAUCCCUGUGGUACCUGUUUCAGCCCAGAAGAGAUGGAAUUCCUUGCCUUCAGGAAACCACACAGAGACACCUAAAAGCAAAUCCAAAGAAACUGCACCUACAAAGAGCAGAGUGCCUUCUGCUGGGGAUGUGGAGAGAGCCAAAGUUCUGAAGGAAGAAGGCAAUGAGCUUGUAAAGAAGGGCAACCAUAAGAAAGCUAUUGAGAAGUACAGUGAAAGCCUCUUGUUUAGUAGCCUGGAAUCUGCCACAUACAGCAACAGAGCGCUCUGCCAUCUGGUCCUGAAGCAGUACAAGGAGGCAGUAAAGGACUGCACAGAAGCCCUCAAGCUGGAUGGGAAGAAUGUAAAGGCGUUUUACAGACGGGCCCAAGCCUACAAGGCGCUCAAGGACUAUAAAUCCAGCCUUGCGGAUAUUAGCAGCCUCCUACAGAUUGAACCCAGGAACGGCCCUGCACAGAAGUUACGGCAGGAAGUGAACCAGAGUAUGAACUAAAACCCCAGGGCAACAGGAACCCUCCACCUGACCUUCCCAGAGAAGCUAGGGCCUUCCCCUGCAUCUGCCCCCAAUACCCAGCAUGCCCCCAAGGGAGCGCAAAAGCAACCCCACUUUAACUCCUUGGAGAGAUAGCAGCCUUUCACCUGAGAAGCUUCGCUUGUUCAAAUUAAGUCCAUUAUAGACAAGCACAGGGCAUUUUUUUCAGAAAGGUCCCCCCUAAAGUUAAAGUGUGAAGCUACAUCCCUGGCCUCAUCGGUUUGCUUCAGCCUGGCCUUUGUCAACAAAGUACUUGGCAGUUGCCCCUGAUGCAGGUGUGCCGCAGACUAAGUGUCCUGUGGCUUCUCCAGACACCAGGCCUGUGCAGUUAAUCUGAGCUGGGAGAGUGGUGUUGACAGGCUAAAAGUGCUGGUUUAUGUACACCCAGAGCAGCCUGUUGAGCUGGUUCUCCAAGGCUGCCAUCUCCCCAAGGGUACAGCUGCUGUCUGCACCCUGUCCUUGGCACAGUGUCCUGUGUUGAGUCCCAGUGCCUUUAGUCCAGGCCCUUUGUGGGAAGGCAGAGCCUGACCCUUGGAGGCUUUGCUGUAUGGAGCUACCUACACUGUUUAAAGAGUCCAUAUUCCUCCUGGGAUGGGGAGAGACCUUGAGAUUAGUGUCCUUCCAGUCUGAGCAGGAACUUGCCUUUCCCCCAACAGCAGCCCCUGAGGCUUCUUUUUCUUUUGUUAAUAUGUUGAAGUUAAUUAAACUGAUUUUAUUGAAUUGUGUGUUGCUGUUGCAUUAAAAGGUUUUCUUCUGUACAUCUGGCUCUUGUGCAUUA